GUCAUGAAAAGUUUUUAGAAAAAGUUUCUGAAGUGAAAGGCCUCAAGUUUAUAUUUGGAUGAGAUUUUUCUGGGAAGGACUUUUCAGUCUUAGAAAACAAGUGAGAUUGUGGGAGAAAGAUUUUGUCCCUAAACAGGCAGUGAAGAAGGAAGAUACUUUACCUCUUUUCACCUGAUUGGUCAAGGGGAUGCUGCCCCAGUUCCCCAAAUACAGUUUGAAACCCGAGAGCACAGUGUAAGAGAUGCAGUGUGUGACCAUCCAAAUGUUGUCAUAAUUUCCCUCCCCCAUCUGCUGUAGACCCUGGAAGAUCACCCGUUACCCACUUGGUUUUGGAUUUGUUCUGAGAAGGCGUCUUAGUUCGUGGACGAGCUCUUGGUCAUGCAUCCCUUCUUGAGGCUCCUGCCCUGGUUGGUCAUCUAGCCCGUCAUCUUUUUUUCUUGCAUCUCCCAGCACAGGCUUCAGCUUGACAAAAGCACAAGGCUUUGCUCUGUCAAAACAUUCCCAGUGAAUCCACACUCUCUUGAGUGCUCUGUGUCGACAUUCUGGGAUGGGAACUGGGAGCCGGCAGGGGCAGUCUCAGUGGCCUAAUGCUCGCACCAGGUUUGGCUGGUUGGGAGCCAUUUCGGAGCUGUGGCCGCUUUGUAGCCCAGCAGUUUUGCUUGCAUACAGGACUUUCCAGCUGCCAGUGGCCCUCGUCCUCGGAUGCAGACUUGAUCUUGAUACAAAAGCACAGUCUCUUGCCAUGGGAUUGGCGGCCUCGCCAGAGUCUCUUGAGCUCCUUGCUGUAUCCUUGGGGCCAGUAUCCUGCUGCUUCCUUGUACCCCACAGAGGUGUUCAGAUUUGUUGAGGAUUCAGGUUGGCUCACCUACUGCCAGCCCAGGAGCACCACUUGCUUAUAUAACCAGGCUCCUCCUCUGCUUUUCCUUGGAGUCCCCCUCCUCUUGUUCCUGUAUGAAAGCGUGUGCUGCACCCCGAAUCUUGUCUGUCCUGUGAUGUACAAGCGUUGCUUAUUUUCUAUUUAUCGCAGCAGUUGGGGAGUGUAGAUGAAGGGGUGGUUGUCUUUUAUUUGUAACAUGCAUGUGGGAAGGGGCCGACUCCCUUGGCUUUGUAGGAAGAGCUGAAAGUUGGGGUGCAGCAGUCACUCGGUGACCCCACAUCAGUGGCUUCCCUGCGCCUUGGAGGGAUGAAUCUACUCUGGCUAAGUGGCGUUGAUGGCCGGGAGAGCUCACUGGUUUAGUGCGUGUUUCCAUAUAAAGAUCUGUGUUCCACCGAAUCGCCUUGUCAGCUUCUCAUUGGUGGGGGCUGUGGCUGGGGUCUUCACGCCUCGGGAGCUUCGCAGCCGGGCGCGGCCGCCGCCUUCCGAGCCGGGCCGGCCUCUCGACCGCGGCGCACCGUAUUGCUCGGGAAGGCUGGCCGCCUCUUCUCCGCGGCCCGCCCUCGCCGCCUCCCCUUUAAAGGACGUAGCCUCGGCGGUGCCGCCCAGACGAGCGGAGCGCCCGUCCUCGCGGCCGACGGCCCCCGCCGCCCGCCCGCUGGCCAUGCUGAGGGCGCCGCUGCCGUUGUUGCUGCUGCUGCCGCUGCUGCCCCUGUCCGGGGCCGCGGCCUGGCCGGCAGAGAAGCGCGUGGUGCAGAAGGAGGCGGCCUUCGAGCGGCUCUACGGCGACGCGGUGAACGAGAAGCUGCUCAACAUCUACGCCUUCAAUCAUACCGUCUCGCGCAACCGGACCGAGGGCGUCCGGGUGUCGGUGAACGUGCUCUCCGAGCAGAAGGAGAGGCCGGUGCUCUUCGUGGUGCGGCAGAAGGAGGCGGUGGUCUCCUUCCAAGUGCCCUUAAUCCUCCGCGGCCUGUUCCAGAGGAAGUAUCUCUACCAAGAUGUCAGCCGCACUUUGUGCCAGCCUCCAACCAAGAGUGAGGUCGAGAUGCAAUUCUUCUUUGUGGACGUCUCCACCCUCUCGGCCAGCAACGCCUCUUACCAACUGCGGGUCUCCCGUGUGGAGAAUUUUGUACUCAGGACAGGUGAGCGGUUCACUUUCAACGCCACAGCAGCCCAGCCACAGUACUUCAAGUACGAGUUCCCAGAGGGGGUGGACUCUGCCAUCAUUAAGGUGACCUCAUCCACAGCUUUCCCUUGUUCGGUCAUUUCCGUCCAGGACAUUCUGUGUCCCGUCUACGAUCUGGAUAACAACGUGGCUUUUAUUGGCACAUACCAGACCAUGACCAAGAAGGCAGCCAUCACAGUGCAGAAGAAGGAUUUCCCCAGCCAGAGUUUCUAUGUGGUCGUGGUAGUGAAGACUGAAGAUGAAGCUUGUGGGGGACCUUUACAUUACUACCCUUUUUCCAAAGAUGAACCUGUUGACCAAGGCAACCGCCAGAAAACCUUGGACGUUGUGGUGACCCCUGCUGUCAGUUCAGAGGCCUAUGUGAACGGGAUCCUCUUCUGCCUGGGCGUUUUCUUGUCCUUCUACAUACUGGCAGUGCUCAUUGUCUGCUGGGAGAACUGGCGGCAGCAGAAGCGGAGGCAGCAGCAGCUCCGGCUCCUGAGUGCUGUGGACACACCGUGCUCUGAUGGGAGUGUGCGAGCUUCUCUCCUUGGGAAUCCCCAGGACCUCCCGGAUUCCUUCCACGGACACCCUCCUCUUGGCAGUCAGAGUUACGGGUCCUUUGCAGACACUGGGUCAGCUGCCAGCAGCGAGAAUGUCACGGACAGCCUGCUUUCCACGGAAACCUCUUCCAAUUACGCUGGGCAGGAUCUGUGCCAGCAGCGGCAGAGACACUGGGCAGCCUUUGCAAUGGAUCGCUCCUUAGAGAACCUGGUGGGACGCCCCCGGCUCGACUCGCUCAGCUCCGUGGAAGAGGAUGAUUACGACACACUGGCCGACAUCGAGUCAGACAAGAACGUCAUUCGCACCAAGAAAUUCCUGUGUGUUGCAGAUCUGGCCCGCAAAGAUAAGCGAGUAUUACGGAAGAAAUACCAGAUUUACUUUUGGAAUAUUGCCACCAUCGCUGUCUUCUAUGCCCUCCCAGUCAUCCAGCUGGUCAUCACCUACCAGACGGUGGUGAACGUGACGGGGAACCAGGACAUCUGCUACUACAACUUCCUCUGCGCACACCCUCUGAGCAACCUCAGCGCCUUCAACAACAUCCUCAGCAACCUGGGCUAUGUCCUGCUGGGCCUGCUCUUCCUGCUCAUCAUCCUGCAGCGCGAGAUCCACUACAACCGGGCCUUGGUGCGCAACGACUUCCAGGCUGUGGAGUGUGGCAUUCCCAAACACUUCGGCCUCUUCUACGCCAUGGGCACCGCCCUCAUGAUGGAAGGCCUUCUGAGUGCGUGCUACCACGUGUGCCCCAACUACACCAACUUCCAGUUUGACACAUCGUUCAUGUACAUGAUUGCCGGGCUGUGCAUGUUGAAACUGUACCAGAAGAGGCACCCCGAUAUCAACGCCAGCGCCUACAGCGCCUACGCCUGCUUGGCCGUCAUCAUCUUCUUCUCGGUCGUGGGGGUGGUCUUUGGCAAAGGAAACACGGCCUUCUGGAUCAUCUUCUCGGUCAUCCACAUCCUGUCCACACUGCUGCUCAGCACCCAACUGUACUACAUGGGCCGCUGGAAACUGGAUUCUGGCACCUGGCGCAGGAUCUUCCAUGUGCUGUACACAGACUGCAUCCGGCAGUGCAGUAGGCCCAUGUACAUGGAUCGGAUGGUGCUGCUGGUGAUGGGCAACUUCAUCAAUUGGUCUCUGGCGGCCUAUGGCCUGAUCAUGCGCCCCAACGACUUCGCCUCCUACCUGCUGGCCAUCGGGAUCUGCAACCUGCUGCUCUACUUUGCCUUCUACAUCAUCAUGAAGCUCCGGAGUGGCGAGCGUCUGCUGCUGGUCUCCCUGCUCUGCAUCGUCUGCACCUCCGUGGUGUGGGGCUUCGCCCUCUUCUUCUUCUUCCAGGGCCUGAGCACCUGGCAGAAAACUCCGGCUGAAUCCCGAGAGCACAACCGGGAGUGCCUCCUGCUGGGCUUCUUCGACGACCACGACGUCUGGCACUUCCUCUCCUCCAUCGCCAUGUUUGGCUCCUUCCUGGUCUUGCUGACAAUGGAUGAUGACCUGGAUUGUGUCCAGCGUGACAAGAUUUAUGUCUUCUGAAGGAUUGGACAGGUCUCCUGCUGGCGGGUGCUGGGGCCACAGCUGUGUGCUCCCCCCUCACCAAGGCCUCAAAAGAGUGCAGAAGGGGAAUGAAGUUGCCCUCCUAAGCCUCUGAAAGCUGAGCCAGGGCAAUGGGUUCAAAUGCUGCCUGGGUUGCCUCUCUGUCAGUUUCCUUCCUCGGCCAACAACAGAGAGAAAAGCCCCUUCUGUUGGUGUCCAGCAGAAGCUGCAGGCGGAACAGCUGGGCUCCUGUUCAGCGGGGCAGCCCUCGGAAACUGACUCUGCUCCCUUCCUUGGUGCCUGCAUUGACCUCCGAAGGGGCCUCCCCUGUGAGGUAGCUGCCUUCUUUGCUGAGCAGGGAGUAAUGGCCACUCGGGCCCCCUCCUGCAGCAUUGUCCAGGCAGGGGGGAGCCUCCUCCUCAAGCCCUGUGGGUGCCUAUGGGGAGGAAGUGGGCCCAGGAGCCUCCUCAAUGCAGGUUAGAGGGGCUGAAGGUCUGCGCAGCUGAGCGGUCCCUGGAGCCCCUCCCUAGUUUUGACCCCCCCCCCAAGCAAGCCAGCUCUGGUUUCCUGGGUGGGGGGGGAGGCAGCUUCUGCAGAUAGUCACCAUGAUGCAGGGGCUGCACAUGGAGGAGGGGCGGGGUGACAGGAGAAGAUCAGAAGGGCCAGUUCAGGAGGCGGAAGCCGAGUGCUCCCAUUCAACAAUUGGGCCUUCCCUCCAUAUUUGACCAUUCCUGGUUUUGGAUUGCAGCUGAGACGGUUUUCCUUUGAAAUGGUUCUUGGUAUAAAACACUGUUGAAGAAAAUUGGCAUUUUGAUCUCUACAGAUGCUGCUGCCCAAUGCAAGUGAUAAAAGAUGGCCUUGC